AUGAGGUCAUCAUAUUUAAUCGGGUCGAAAGCAGAUGACCGUCGGGCUUCUUCGCAACGUGUGGACCGGCCUAAUCCAGGUACUAACAGUGGAGCUUCAGUAACUGGAUCUGUUGCUCGUCGUCGUCACAAGGCCAAGGCUUUGACCACGGCGGCAGGUAAGGGACCUGCCGAUAGCAACUCCUCACCUCCGCGGCAGCCGGCCGAUAGCCUUAAACGUCGGCAAAGCCCAUCACCGUUCCAGUCGCAGCCUGCGGCCAAGCAUGCAAAAUCCCUCGUCUCAGCAUCCGAAGAAGUCCCAUCAGAUAACUUCAACUCGUCAGGUAUCUCCCACCCGAACGGAGCAGGAGGUCAACCUGGUGACAAUUUCCAACUCCUCACCCCGGCCGAACGCGCGUUUAUUGAUGGCAUCACAUCCUCCGCUGGGCUUAGUAAUAGGCAUGCUGAGUAUGCUCGGGAAAUGGGAGAGGUAUUUGGCGAUGACUUUUGCCAUUUGGCUCUUUGUGGCAAUGUUGCCUGCACUCAAUCGCAGCUUUCUAAUCUCAGCGACCAGGUGUCACAAAUGGCCCAACAAAUGGAAACGCUCCACGGGGAUAUCACCAACAAAUUCAGAAUCCUCAUGGCCAAUACUAGAAACGCCAGUCAAGGUAUCCCUUCCACAUCGGCAAACACUGCCUCUACUGAAGUCGCUCGCACGGCCGUGGUAUCCGAGUGGAAGGUAUCACGACAGCUGAAAGCCCUUCUGAGCGAAGUAUCAGUUGAAUUGAUGCCCAAAGCCAAUCUUCAGUCUUACACUGAGCUCGAGGAUGGAAGCAAGAACUUUCUUCAAAGAUCACUUUUUAAUCGCGUGAGAGUGCGUGUGGCGGAGGAACAAAAAGAAGAUUGGAUUGCUUUACAUCUUCCCAAGCAAAUCCGCGGAGUUAAUGAUGGCGAAGGUGUCAAGAAGACGCAGGCAAGCACGCCUGAGAAAAGAUGCACCUAUUGGUCAGUGCCUCGUCAAGUGACCUUAAUGGAGACGCUGACAUUACACAAGAUCCAGUUAUUAACCAAUGUCCACAACCAGAAGAACGGUCCGGUGAAAGUUGUUCCAGUGCCUUCUCUCAUGGCGUUGUGGCAUCGGAUUGCGCUCAAAUGUGGCCUCAUCACCGAGUCUGUGGAUCAAAUCGCCGCUUGGAGCUCAGUCAACGAGGCGACUCGAGGCAGGAUUGCUUACCUGGUGAGUCAUGAAAUCAUGUCAUGGAGACGAGACGCGAGGCGACCCGUCUUCGACAAACCCCUUCUGGUUCAAAUAUAUGGGCCGAGGUGGACCAACGGCUUGAUGAUCCACGUGAAAAAGAAAAGGAGUCAUUUUGAGCAGGGUCUCCUGGUUCAUGCGUUCAUUGGUGUGAUUGCUCACCAAAUGUGGCUGGGUAGCUUCUAUGACAUUAUAUAUCAGAAUGAUCAAGAGAUCUUCAACGGCAAGAGGGGUUGGGGUGAGAUCCGGAAGAACUACGCGCUGGCAUUACCAACGGACGCGGAAAUCAUGGAGGGGAUUUCUGGCGGAGGCGUCGAAGGUGCCAAAGCACUAGGAAAUGCGGCAGAUGACGAAGUGUUAGGCGACCAAGGGGAAACCUCGGUAUGA